AUGGCGAAUAUCCAAAAUCUCAACCGGCCACGUGAUGCUUUUGAGCAAUUAGAUGAUGACGAAGGAACUCGUCAGGGUUUCUGCCACAUUCGGAUACAACAACGUACAGGACGCAAGACGAUCACAACUGUGCAAGGAAUUGCUCCCGAAUACGAUCUCAAGAAGAUUGUCAGAUAUCUCAAGAAAGAAUACAACUGUAACGGUACGAUCGUCCAACACCCCGAAUACGGAGAGGUUAUGCAGCUCACCGGUGACCAGCGACAGCAAAUCAAGGAAUUUCUUUGCAAGGUUGGCAUCGUGAAGGAGGAGAACUGCAAAGUCCACGGAUUC